AUGGCCGGCGUCAUCAAGAUCAUCGGUAUCAUUGUGACCGGCGCCGAGCUGGCAGUCAAGAUCGCCGAGGUCGCGAACAAGCUGAUCCCGCGGCCACCCACGGAGCUCAUGAACAGGUUCCGCUGGAUCCAGUGCACGGUCAAGAACGAGACCCAGUUCGCGCUCCUCGUGCAGGAGUCCUACUUCAGCUCCGGCCGGUACUUCACCCCGCCGGGCAGCACCCGCGCGUUCGACCAACUCGUCUUCUCAGGGUGCAACCGCGACUUUUCGCCGACCGGCGUCACGGGCGGGACCGCGUUCCGGCUCUCGCUCGACGACCGGAACUUCCUCGACAUCGCGAUCGGCUGGACCAACCCCGUCUUCGGCUCGUACAAGGCAGGCGUCGUCGAGUCCUCGAGGGCGAAAGCGGGGUACGACAUCGCCACCAGCAGGGGCAACUCGAUCACCUCGCGCCAUAUCUUCGAGGGCACGGACAAGGAUGGGAACGCAGCCAGGUUCCGCAUCCACGUCUCGGCCGUUCCGGGACAAGAGAAGUUGUACGUUAUCAAGCAGGUGCCUGUCGCUUGA